GGCAGCCGCGGACCGAGCGGAGCCGAGCGGGCGGCCAGGCACUUGCCCGCCCGGUGCCGCCGCCGCCGUCGCCGCCCCAGAGCGCAGGACCCGGCACCUCCGGCGCCCGCCGCCGCCGCCGAUGCGGCCCGGGCACUUUUAGCCGGGCGGGAGGGCCGGAGAGCAGCGAGCGAGCCGCGCCGAGAGCCGCGCAGACCCGUCGCCAGCAGGGACGGACGCCCGGCCGCCGCAGCCGCCCGGCCGCUAUGGAUCUAUUCGACUUUUUCAGGGACUGGGACUUGGAGCAGCAGUGUCACUAUGAACAAGACCGUAGUGCACUUAAGAAAAGGGAAUGGGAGCGGAGAAACCAAGAAGUCCAGCAAGAAGACGAUCUCUUUUCUUCAGGCUUUGAUCUUUUUGGGGAGCCCUACAAGACAAACAAAGGUGAUGCACUUGCCAACCGAGUCCAGAACACGCUGGGAAACUAUGAUGAAAUGAAGGAUUUGUUAACUAACCAUUCUAAUCAGAAUCAUCUAGUGGGAAUCCCAAAGAAUUCUGUGCCCCAGACUCCCAUCAACAAAAACGAACCAAGCUUUUUUCCAGAACAAAAGAACCGAAUGAUCCCACCUCAUCAGGAUAGCACUCACUCCUCGGCACCGAUGCCUCCACCUUCGGUUGUGAUACUGAAUUCAACUCUCAUACACAGCAACCGGAAGUCAAAACCUGACUGGCCACGAGACAGUCAGAACACUAGCAUGGUACCGGCCAGCCAGGCUGGCAGUCAGCCCAACAAAACGCAGCCCCCAACACAGGACCAGCCCCCUGCCAGACUGGAAGACUUCUUUGUCUACCCAGCUGAACAGCCUCAAGUUGGAGCAGCUGAAGAGUCAAACCCAUCUGCAAAGGAAGACGGUAACCUCAAGUCCGGUGGAGGGGAUACGUUCAAAGAAAUCUUUCAGUCCAGCUCACCAGAAGAAUCUGAAUUCACACUGCAGGCGCCUGGGUCUCCCCUAGUUGCCUCUUCUUUAUUAGCUCCCAGCAGUGGCCUUGUGGUUCAAAACUUCCCACCAGGGGUUUACUGCAAAACGAGCGUGGGGCAGCAAAAACCAACCGCAUAUGUCAGACCCAUGGAUGGCCAGGACCAAGCCCCGGACAUCUCUCCCACGCUGAAACCUUCAAUUGAAUUCGAGAACAGCUUUGGGAAUCUGUCAUUUGGGUCACUCUUGGAUGGCAAACCCAGUGCACCCAGUUCAAAGACUAAACUGCCAAAGUUCACCAUUCUCCAAACAAGUGAAGUGAGCCUUCCCAGUGACCCAAGCUGUGUUGAAGAAAUCUUGCGGGAGAUGACCCAUCCCUGGCCUACUCCUCUCACUGCCAUGCAUACUUCUGGAAACUCUGAGCAGAGCACAUUUUCCAUCCCAGGACAGGAAUCCCAGCAUCUGACCCCAGGAUUCGCCUUACAAAAGUGGAGCGACCCGACCGGCAGAGCUUCUACAAAGAUGCUUGAAGACGACCUUAAGCUGAGCAGCGAUGAAGAUGACCUUGAACCCGUGAAGACCUUGACCACUCAGUGCACUGCCACUGAGCUCUACCAGGCUGUUGAAAAGGCAAAAUCUAAGAAUAAUCCUGUAACCCCGCUCUUGGCCACGCCUCAGCCCACACCUGCAGCGCCAGCCAGCGGGGGAUCCGGCAGCUCCAGUGACUCUGAGAGCAGCUCAGAGUCAGACUCAGACACUGAAAGCAGCACCACUGACAGCGAAGCCAAUGAGGCGCCGCGCGUGGCCACGCCAGAGCCUGAGCCGCCCUCCACCAACAAGUGGCAGCUGGACAAAUGGCUUAACAAAGUGACAUCUCAGAACAAGUCGUUUAUUUGCGGCCAAAAUGAAACACCCAUGGAGACGAUCUCUGUACCUCCUCCAGUCAUACAGCCAAUGGAAGUCCAGGUCAAGGUGAAGCCAAACCCCAGCCAGGUCCUGGCUGAACCCAAAGAGAGGCCUCUCCUCAGUCUUAUCAGGGAGAAAGCCCGUCCACGGCCCACCCCCAAAAUCCCAGAAACAAAGGCUCUGAAGCAUAAAUUGUCGACAACUCUCGAGACAGCAUCUCAAAGGACAAUUGGCAAAAAACAGCCCAAGAGGGUGGAGAAGAACCCCAGCAUUGAGGAAUUUACCUGGCCCAAACCAAAUAUCUCCAGCAGCACUCCCAAAGAAAAGGAAAGCAUGGAGCUUCCUGAGCCCCCGAGAGGCCGCAACAAAGCCGCCGCCCACAAGCCGGUCCCUAGGAAAGAACCGAGGCCCAGCAUCCCCUUGGCCGCCGAGAAGAAGAAGUACCGAGGGCCCGGCAAGAUCGUGCCGAAGUCCCGGGAAUUCAUUGAAACCGACUCGUCUACGUCUGAUUCCAACACAGAUCAGGAAGAGACCCUGCAGAUCAAAGUCCUGCCUCCUUGCAUGGCUCCUGGGGGCAACACUGCCAAGUCCAAGGACACCUGCGGGCCCAGCCUGACCCUCAGCACCUUCAGCAGCAGCAACCCGCCCGUCCCCAGUGACGAGCCUACUUUUUCACCCAUCCCUGUCAUGCAGACCGAGCCUCUGUCUCCUCUCCGAGAUCACGAGAAUCUGAAAAAUCUCUGGGUGAAGAUUGACCUCGACCUACUGUCUCGAGUGCCUGGCCACAACUCACUGCAGGCGGCGCCGGCCAAGCCAGACCACAAGGAGACAGCCUCAAAGCCCAGGCGGCAGGCAGCUGCCGCCACUGCUGCGGAUAAAGCGGCCCCCAAGGGCAAGCGUAAGCACAAGCCAACAGAAGUUGCGGAGAAAAUCCCUGAGAAGAAGCAGCGCCAGGAGGAGGCGGCCACCAUCUGCCUGCUACCACCUUGCAUCUCACCAGCUCCCCCCCAGAAACCUCCCAGCACUAAGGAAAAUAAUUCAUCCAGGAGAGCAAACAGAAGAAAAGAAGAAAAGCUGUUUCCCCCUCCACUUUCCCCACUGCCAGAGGAUCCUCCGCGCCGCAGGAAUAUCAGCGGCAAUAGCGGUCCCUUCAGUCAAGACAAGACCAUCCCUAUGAUUGGACAGAUCACCUCGACCAAACCUAAGAGGAGUGAAGGCAAAUUCUGUGCUACUUUCAAAGGGAUAUCUGUAAGUGAGGGAGACACUCCAAAAAAGGCAGCCUCUGCCACCGUCACUGUCACCAACACUGCUAUUGCCACUGCCACUGUCACUGCUACUGCCACUGUCACCGCCACUGUCACGGCCACUGCCACGGCCACUGCCACUACCACCACCACUACCACUACCAUUUCCACCAUCACCUCCACCAUCACUACUGGCCUCAUGGACAGCAAUCACCUGGAGAUGACAUCCUGGGCCGCCCUGCCCGUUCUUUCCAGCAGCACUACCAAUGUCCGGAGACCCAAGCUCACUUUUGAUGACUCGGUUCACAACGCUGAUUAUUACAUGCAAGAGGCGAAGAAGCUGAAACACAAAGCUGAUGCCCUGUUUGAGAAAUUUGGCAAAGCCGUGAAUUAUGCCGAUGCAGCCCUGUCCUUCACCGAAUGUGGCAACGCGAUGGAGCGCGACCCUCUGGAAGCCAAGUCUCCGUACACCAUGUACUCUGAGACCGUGGAGCUUCUCAGGUAUGCAAUGAGGUUGAAGAACUUUGCAAGCCCCCUGGCUUCGGACGGGGAGAAAAAGCUGGCCGUACUAUGCUACCGAUGCUUAUCACUUCUCUACCUGCGGAUGUUCAAACUGAAGAAGGACCACGCCAUGAAGUACUCCAGAUCACUGAUGGAAUAUUUUAAGCAAAAUGCUUCAAAAGUCGCUCAGAUACCAUCUCCAUGGGUAGGCAAUGGAAAAAACACUCCAUCCCCAGUGUCUCUCAACAACGUGUCUCCCAUCAACGCAAUGGGGAACUGUAACAACGGCCCGGUCACCAUCCCCCAGCGCAUUCACCACAUGGCCGCCAGCCACGUCAACAUCACUAGCAACGUGUUACGGGGCUACGAACACUGGGACAUGGCCGACAAACUGACAAGAGAGAAUAAAGAAUUCUUUGGCGAUCUGGACACGUUGAUGGGGCCCCUGACCCAGCACAGCAGCAUGACCAAUCUCGUCCGCUACGUUCGCCAGGGACUGUGCUGGCUGCGCAUCGACGCCCACUUGUUGUAGUGGGGUGCGCCCCCGUCUCCAGCACUGGUGGAACUCCACUCAUUUGGGAAAAUUCUCUUUGAUUAUGUUUGUUUUUAUGCUUCUUUUGAUAUCUGUGAAAAACAGAAGUCAUUGUAAGUGGACACUACACCUUGAGCAGUGUAUCUUUUAUCACUUAGUCAUUUUUCAGUAUUUUAUAUGCAUUUCACAGAUCCCACCAUCCUUUUGUGCUUGAUGGAAUGACACAGUCCCUACAGUAUUGUUUUAAGUCCACACUACCCACAACAAAGAAUGGAAAGCAAUUGUGAGAACAGGUUCCUGAGAAGUGAAACGGAAUGUCAUAUAUAGACAUAUAUAUAUAUGUGUGUGUGUGUGUGUGUGUGUGUCUAUAUAUGAACGCAGGCACAGAGGACCUGCAAAGAUUCAUAUUUUCAGCAAUAGCCAUUCCCCAAACUGCACUCUUCUGUCCGGACAAGAACAUACUUCAGAAUCCUUUGUUAAACUUUUGGGGUUCCCACAGACUCAGUUUUCAGAUGAGAAUUUUCAUUGUCGAAACCCACUGGUUAGAUGUUGUAGCAACAUCAGAAAGUCAAAUUUAAGAAAAUUAAUGAGCACGGCAAUGCCACUCUGAAAUGCAGCCAGAGGACUUUUUAGUUAGUAUCCCUUUCCUGAUUCCCUAUUUGAAAAACUUCAAGGAUGAGAAGGAGUGGCAAGAUUGAUGUCGACAACGUUAAGGCAUCAGCUGGCAUAAAUAUUUUUGAACUCCGUGAUUUGAAGCGUAAAUCCUCACCCAGCAUUCUCUUUGUGUAAAGCUCUCCCUUGGAGGGCCGUUCAGUCAGUGCACGCCCUCGUAGCCUAAACGCUACACUCCAGUUUUAGAGAUGAGAGACGGGAGGGGUCUGGAAACCGUCCAGGGAAUGCACACCUCUGCCUCUUUUGCAGUUGGUUGGCGGGGUCUACAACUGGCAGGACUUUUUUUUUUUUUAUUGUGCUUUGCUCAGAUCUCUGGAAACGAAAGUCAAGUUGUCACUACCUAGAAGUAAUCAUAUACAGUUUGCUUCCUAGUGGCUUUAAAAUCUGGACUUCCCCAAGUAUUAUCCCCAUUUUCUAUUUUACCGGGUUUCUUUUUCACUUCUUCCUGUUUUCUUCUACCUUUCUUUUCCUUUUUCUUUUCUUUCUUUUUUUUGGGGGGGGUGCUCAUUAGCUUUUGACGGAAAUACAAUCACUGGUUUUAUUCAAGUCUAUAUUAGCUUGAAUCAUUUCCAUGAAAAUUCCGAAGAAAACUUCAAACUCUCUAAGUAGUAGCUAAUCUUCUAACAAAAAAAAUGAGUCUCGGGGUCAUGCUUCACCCUAGGGUGGUUUUCACAGAGCCCUGAACAUUGGGAACAGUUCCCUUGAUUUGGAGAUAUUUCUGCAUCAGUUGCGACUAUCCCCACCCCUUUAUGAUCCUCUGCGUUCAUUUUAUGUCCCUAAACAUCACAAUGUAAAUAUCAUCUUUGGUGUUCCAGCUCACUAGAAGAAUUCCCCACACGUAGUAAAAACUAUCCCUACGUUAGUUCCUUGUAAUUACCUGCCGGUAUCUAAUUCCACAUAGCCCUUCAUCUGCUGAGUUAUUGGAUUCUCUUCACUGAGUUAUGACCAGAUAAAUAAUAGAUAUACACACACAUGAAAGAUGCAAACUUGUAUGAUUUUGAAAGCAAGUCACGCAAGUCUGUGAUAAGAACGGCAAGGGAUCACUCCGCACUCUCAUUGUCAAGGUUAGCUGUAUCCCCAGUUGCAAAAGAGCCAGACUUGAGCUCCGCUCUGGUCAUCUCUGAGUUGAAGGCCCUUUGUUGUAUCAUAAGGGCUGUGGAAGUUGUCCUCCAAUGGCUGAGGCCACGUUGUGAAAAGCUGACAGCUGGGAGCGUCCCAGCAGCUGAACCAGCACUUUUCAUGCUCCCGGUACGGUUGAGCUGGACGUUGGCAGUCUCAGCGUCAACCCUCACACACGCAGACACACACACACAGACCAAUGAAACCCGAGAGAAUCUUUUCUGAGCCUCUUAAGUGAGGAAAAUGAUCCUAUGAACGACUCCGGACACCCAAGGUGGGUGUCACCUAUGCAAAUGAAGCUGAUGGCUCUGCAGUGACUCAAGGUCUCUGUGUGUUUUCCACGGCUUAUCAGGUAGAGUGCCUGACUAUGACUAUAUGAUGAAGCCCGCUGGCUUGCCUUGCAAGUUCAACCUAGACCACAAUCCUAGACCAUCAUGGAUUUAGGAGUAGAUUCUUCUUGAAAUUCAACCUCUGGAAAGUAGACAUUAGGAUGCUAGGGGCAGUUUCCCGGGGAAACUACCAUAUUGCCUCAUGAAUGAAAGACUCGUAGCUCUAGUUUCAGUGCGUCAUCAUAUCUACAUGGCACACAGCACGGAAGCAGCAGAGCAUCCUGCCUGCUGCCUGGUGUGUCACCCCUGGUGGCUAAAUGUAAAGUGUGUGCCAACUCAGUGGCACAAUGACCAAAUCUGACAGGCGAGCUCAGGAUCACCACCUGAUGGUUUAGCAGAGACCCAUUUGUAAAGCAGCUUAGUAACCAAUUAAACGCGGAGGAUGAAUUACCUUCCUCUCCCUGGAGGUGGGACGUCUUUCGGUUUCCUGAUUAAGGACUGUUGCUGUUUUCUAGGCACUCUAUUCAUCACAUUGUAAAUGGUGAUGUGUGUCGUAGGUGUGCAGCUAUUUGAGGGAUUGAGGGAUUUUGUCAAGUAGGUCUCGUCGGUGUACCAGUUUGUGGGAGGGAUACAAGACACGUGGAUGGUGGUGAGAGAUCCUGCCUCGAGACUUGGAUGGAGGCUUGGUGAGACGCAUCUCACGAUAAGCACAUGGAGUUAGGGUAACGGGCAGAGAAACGGGCAGGUCCACCUGAGCGAGCAAGUACACAGAAGGAUCUCAGCCCUGCCAACGGGACCCCCGUAGGGCCACCACUAUGCCUUCACUUGUCACCCAAGCUCCAACCACAGAGAGUUUGACAAGUUUGUGUUAUGAUGUUGGCUUGGCUUCGUAUUUUAAUUAACCUUGGAUUUUUUAGUGGUUUUGUCAUAUUACUGUCUGAGUUUGGUAGGUAGGAUUAAUUUGAAAAGAGUAUACUAGUGUGGUCCUCGGGGUAGGAUUUAGCCGUGAGCAUGUUGUUAGCCAGCCUGUAGACUGUUAAUGACUUAAUAAUGUCAUUGGGAAAAUACUAGUAGUUUUCUAUUUGGAUGACAGAAUUGGAAAAGCAGAUUAGCUGCUGAUAACUUUUCAAAGGCUUGAGAUUGGGAUGCCUUUUUUCCACGUAAUGACAUCAAACGAUUCAAAUCUCCAAUCAAUAACCAAGUUGCUUGAUUCAAAACCAUUGGCUAAAAUGUGUUUUGUUGAGUUUCCAAAUGGUGGGUUUUCCUUUGGACAUCACCUUGCUAGAUUGCAUUGGAUUGGGUCUUCAGUGGGAAGAUACUUGUCCUCUCGGUAUCUUUCCCAGAGCUAUCUAAUUUGGAUUGUGUUUUAUUCAAAUUCGCAUCCCGGAGGUUGAAGUUGGAAAAUGAAGUUGGAAAGCAUUUCUGAAGGCAGAAUUGAUUUAGCUGUGAGGGAGGAGCCCUCACGUACUUCUCAACAGACAUGAUAAAAUUUCACCUGCGUGAGUGGCAGGUGGGAGACAGCAAACUGGAUCACUGGGUAGGACUACUCAGUAAGGCAAUGAACUGCUUGCUUAGAGAGGCAUCACUCUCCCCAUGGAGAAAAUGUGUGGCGAGACACUAGAGCUACACAACAUUGAAUGGAUGGGUCGAUUCCGUGCCCCCAAAUUCAGUUCUGUGGGGAACAAAUAUGGCGCCCGUUGUCGCUUGCUCUAUUAUGCGACUGGCGAACUAAAUUCUUCUUGGUUGUCGUUGUCGUUGUCGUUGUUGUUGUUCUCAUUCCCACUUGCACAGCUUUAUUCUCAUGAUGGAACUCCGAUUCAUUUGCUCUUCAGUGUUUGCAAACUCCAGCGACAGAACUGGCAUCUGUGUAUUGAUGAUCAACAGUGAGUGACCCUGGCAGGAGGCUAAUCGGAUAGGCUGGUCUCAGACAUUAAUCCUACCAUCUGAUAUUUUCGGGGAAAGAAAAAGUAUGAGUUCCCUUUCCGUUCCCCUCCUCACAAGUCUAGAAACCCCCUUUCCCAAGAGCAUCACGUUUCCCUCUGUAAUCCAUCAACUCAAAGCAAAUUGCAUUGUGGGGAGGGCCGAGGCGGGUGGGGCCGGGGGUAGCGGGUAGGGAAGCCCUUCCAGUCCAGGCUGCAGUUCUCGCCCCUUUCUGCUUCUGACCUGAGAGGGUAAUAACUCCUUCAUCAGGCUCACAAUGGGUUUAGGGGACACGGAACUGCUGUUCCGAUCCAUGAUCAAUCAUCGUUCUUCUAAGAGAUUGGAGCUUUGCUGUUUCAUUAACUGUGCAGUGUAGACUAAUGGUGUUUAAUAAAAAUCAUUCAAAAUUUCAAA